GUGACGUUUCUAAAGAAAGGCGUGAUGUCUGCGUCCUAUUUCCGCAAACAUGGAGGCCGUGUUGAGCGAUGUAGUGGCUCCCGAAGACCUUCUAAAAUUUGAGAAGAAAUACAACAAUGAGCUGGCAAAGGGAGCCGUUUCCAAAGAGACUAAGUUUGAAUACGCUUGGUGUCUGAUCAGGAGCAAAUACACCGACGACAUCAAGAAAGGAAUUGCGUUGUUGGAGGAACUUGUCCAGAAAGCCUCAAAGGACGACACGCGCGACUUCUUCUUCUACCUUGCUGUUGCCAACUAUCGACUGAAGGAGUACGAAGAAGCCCUGAAGUACAUCCGCAUCCUCCUGAGGAACGAGCCGGGCAACAAGCAGGCGCUGGAGUUGCAGGCGCUUAUCGACAAGGCUUUGAAAAAAGAUGGCUUGGUCGGCAUGGCGAUCGUAGGGGGAAUCGGUCUUGGCGUGGCCGGUUUAGCCGGGCUCAUCGGCCUGGCUGUGGCCAAGCGAGGGCCCAAGUUUUAACCCCAAACUUUUUCCUUUCUCUUUUUUUUUUUUUUUUUUUUUUUUUUGCUGGACUGCCAUUGAUUGAUGUAUUCUCAUUUGCAUUUACAUUGACCAUUGAUCGCCAGCUUCCGCCUGUGUACAUAACAAAACAAGCAUCAAGCCACGCCUUUUAUUUAUCAUCCAAUUUAUUUUAAUGCUAAUCCACUGAAAAGGGAAUGUUCUGUCAAAUGUCCCGACUUUAACAAGCUUGUUUUCCCCGGAUCGUCAAUAAAAGAGAAAAAAAAAAAAAAAA